AGUUUCUGUCCCUUCGCAGACAAUGCAAGGAAAGGAAGGGCGAGGGAUGGCGGCAUGGGGGGCGUCUGGUUCUUCUCGCCUCCUCCUCGUUGCCUCCUUCUCCUUCUCCUUCGCCAUCGCCUUUCUCGUCUUUCUCGUUCCGCCUCCUCUCAAGUCUCUCUCUCUCCUUCUCGAAACUCAACCUUCACCUUCUAGCUCCGUCCCUAUCAAGACUGCCAUCAGGGCUGCCGAGACUGGAGCAGCGCGGGCAGUGGCAGGUGCGAGCAAGCAGGCAGUGGAAGCAGCACUUAUGCAGGCCGCCUUGAGUGUACCCGGGCAAAGAAAGCGCGAAGCUGCUGCUGCAAAAGCUGCUGCGAUGGCCGAGAGGAAGAAACCUUCUGCAGCAUGGUUAGCAGGGGAAAGAGCCUUGGCGGCUCGCAACCCUCUUUCAGCCAUGGUAAGUCUGGCUGGUGAGAACCAGGAAGCAGUUAAAGGAACCAGACGGUUGGGCGCGCCGGUGUUGGCCUCUGACGUACAGGCGUCAUGGGCGCAUGGUUAUCCCAACCCCAGCAGGUUCUUUCACAAGCAAGACAGAUACGUCCACGUGGGGGAAGUGAUCUCUCCCACUGAUCCUCAAGGAAGCGAAGAGGGCGGAGAAGUGAACAGUGAAGAGCAUCAACCGACCUCAGAGCCAGCAGCUCAAGGUGAAGGGGGAAGCCCUCACGAGGAGGAAGCCGACGCGGGUCAAGCUGAACCAGGGGACAAAGGAGGAGAAGAACAGGAAGCCACUGCAAGCGAACCUCCUCUGUGGCAAGACCCCAUGCCCUUGCAUGUCCUCUGCCAUGGCAGGAACGCAUCAUGGUGCUCCCAUGCUGAAGCUCAGGCGGCCAUGGCCAGCUCGCUACCUUCGCUAGCCUCACGGUCUUCAGGCGCCAACAAGCCCGGAGCACCAGUACUCUCUGGUGGUGUUCGUGUACCGGGAGGUCGAGUAGUAUGGGUGCCACUCCAAGCCUUGCAGACGCGUCCUCCAGCCGCUAGUGCCGUCGCGGCGCAAGCUCGUGUGGGAGAUGUCAUUGCUAGUGGUGGUGGGCACGAGGCUCUGUUGGGCCAGAAGCUUGCGGGUCAGGCUUCUCGGCGUCACAAGCAGCUUGCCAGGCAACGUGCGUCUGGCUCAGCUCGCGCAGCUUCUGCUACUCCCCCGUCGUGGGACCCCAAGAAAUUUUACAAGGAAGUCAUCUACAGGAGAAACGGGCAGCCUGCGUACGCGCUAUAUGCCGCACCAAAUGCAGGAAGAUCAGCUCAAGAUCAGCCUGAGCGACGGAUGACCCGCCAAGAGGAGCUAAAGGUGAGGGGAGGAGAAGAGAGCACUGGUAUCCUGACGAAUGGCACAGAAGGCUCUCGCUAG